AGGUUAGCAUACACGUCCCCGAAUGGCACAGGUCUUUCGUAAAAGCAAAAAAAAGUGUCGUCCAAAAAAGCUUAAACAGCAAGUCUAUUCUUCCUAUCUAUUGUCGUCUCUCUUUCAAAGCAGAAAUCCCACUCACAGUAACGUCCCCACAGAAAAAGGAACUAAGAGCUAAAUGGCGGAUUCAAAGGUAGAGACCAUCUCCCGACUAGCCCAGUGGAGGAUCGACAACUUUGGCCCUUCCUCUUACAAAAAAUCCGAUCCUUUCAAGGUCGGAAUCUGGAACUGGUACUUGUCAAUAGAGAAGAAUCGGUACCUGUGCAUUCGUUUAUUUCCAGAGCCGUCUCGAGCUUCCAAAGAACAGCCUCCUAUCGCUAGAUUUGUUCUCCGCAUCUCAAAUGCUAGUGCUAAUAAUCGCAGGCCCCUUAUCUCUCCAGUUCAUGAGAGAUUGCUCCGGACUAGUGAGGACUUUGUCUGGUCUGUUGAUUCUACCUUUCAUGGUCGCUUCAUCAUUGAUGUUGAGUUUCUAGACCUCAAAAUCUGCCCUCUGAAUGGUGGGGAACCCAGUUCCACAUGGCCAAGUGAUGGAAUGAUGCAGUCUGUUUCAACUCAAGGCACACUUCAAUGUCUCUCUCGCAUGCUGGAUGAGGCCAUCCAUGCUGACGUUACUAUCCAUACUGCUGAGGGAACUCUCAGUGCUCACAAGGCAAUUCUUUCUGCAAGUUCGCCUGUUUUCCAGAGCAUGUUCCAUCACAACCUCAAGGAAAAAGAGUCCUCCACAAUCUACAUACAAGAUAUGACACUGGAAUCUUGCAUGACUCUCUUGAGUUACUUGUAUGGAACCAUCAAGCAAGAGGAUUUUUGGAAGCACCGUGUAUCACUGCUGGGGGCAGCAAACAAAUAUGAUAUUGCAGCCCUCAAGGAUGCUUGUGAAGAAAGCCUCUUGGAAGAUAUUAAUACCAUGAAUGUCCUUGAGAGGCUGCAAGAGGCCUGGCUUUACCAGUUGAACAAGUUGAAGAAAGGAUGUAUGAUUUACUUGUUUGACUUUGGAAAAAUAUAUGAUGUUAGAGAUGAGAUCAGCAACUUUUUAAGGCAGGCCGACAGGGAAUUGAUGGUAGAAAUGUUUCAAGAGGUUAUUACAGUUUGGAAACCUGUAUAAGUUUUCCUAAGCCCUUACUGCUAGAUAGUUGUGCAUAACUAUGAAGCCUUGCUAAAAUGUCAUGAGUUCAGCUAUGAGAACAUGUAAAACCCUGUUAGGAUAUGUAUAUAUAGUUACUGAACAAAAAUAUGUGAAUAGUAUUGCUUGUAACUACGGGCAAAUGGCUGUUAUUUGUC